GAGCUGCGUUUCCGGUUACGAGGGCUGCUCGGUGCGAUAGUGAGAGGGAGGAGGAAGAGAGCGGGGAGAGCCGAGCCGUAGCCCCAGAUUCCCCGGACACACAGGCCCACCACCUUCCACCGGCGCCUCGCACCAAGGCUCUGAGGAACGAGCACGGAUUUGUAGAAACGAUGAGGCGUGUGGUUCGACAAAGUAAAUUCCGGCAUGUCUUUGGGCAGGCUGUGAAGAAUGAUCAGUGCUAUGAUGACAUCAGAGUUUCCCGGGUUACCUGGGAUAGCUCAUUCUGUGCGGUUAACCCCAAAUUUGUUGCCAUAAUCAUAGAUGCGAGCGGAGGCGGAGCUUUCCUAGUGCUGCCAUUAGUGAAGACUGGGAGAAUUGACAAGGCCUACCCGACAGUGUGUGGUCACACAGGUCCGGUGCUGGACAUUGACUGGUGUCCUCAUAAUGACAAUGUGAUCGCUAGCGGCUCUGAAGACUGCACGGUCAUGGUAUGGCAAAUCCCAGAAGGUGGCCUAACCAUUCCGCUCACGGAGCCUGUGGUAGUGUUGGAAGGACAUUCCAAGAGGGUAGGCAUUGUGACAUGGCACCCAACAGCCCGGAACGUGCUGCUCAGUGCAGGUGGUGAUAAUAUUGUUUUGAUAUGGAAUGUGGGUACCGGGGAGGCUCUAAUCUCCCUAGAGGAUAUGCACAACGAUAUGAUAUUCAGUGCCAGCUGGAACCGAAAUGGCAGCCUCAUUUGUACGGCUUCCAAGGACAAGAAGCUUCGUGUUAUUGAUCCACGCAAAAUGGAAAUGGUAGCGGAGAAAGAUAAAGCACACGAAGGCGCUCGGCCUAUGAGGGCAAUCUUUUUAUCUGAUGACAGCAUUUUUACCACUGGGUUCAGCCGUAUGAGUGAACGCCAGUUAGCAUUGUGGAAUCCGAAAAGUAUGGACGAGCCUAUUGCACUACACGAAAUGGAUACAAGCAAUGGAGUCUUGCUGCCUUUUUAUGACCCCGACACGAACAUCAUCUACUUAUGUGGCAAGGGCGACAGUAGUAUUCGGUAUUUUGAGAUCACAGAUGAAUCGCCUUACGUUCACUACCUCAACACUUUCAGCAGCAAGGAACCGCAGCGAGGAAUGGGUUACAUGCCAAAGCGGGGUCUGGACGUUAACAAGUGUGAGAUUGCCAGGUUCUACAAACUUCAUGAGAGGAAGUGUGAGCCAAUUAUCAUGACUGUGCCCAGGAAGUCUGAUCUUUUCCAAGAUGACUUAUACCCAGAUACUUCCGGCCCGGAGGCUCCCAUGGAAGCCGAAGAGUGGUUUGAUGGAAAAAAUGCUGAUCCAAUUUUGAUUUCCCUAAAAGAUGGGUACACGCCAAGCAAAAACCGGGACCUGAAUGUGGUGAAGAAGAAUAUUUUGGGAAGCAAGCCAUCUGCGCAGAAGAAGUAUGACCCAUCCAGCGCCCACAAAGCAGCACCACAAACUUCUAGUCCUGCUAACGAUGGAAAGUUGGAUGAGGUAAUGAAGGAAGUGCGUUCGAUGAAAGACCUCAUCAACGCCCAGGAUGAACGCAUCUCCAAAUUAGAAGACCUAAUCGCCAGUCUCACCAACAAUGAUGCGUCUGAGGAAUGAAACAAGCAAAGUCUUAACUGAGCUGGAGGUGCCCACUGCCAGAUCACAUUCCACCCCCAUCACUUUCCUCCAGGUCCUAGCAAUGAUCAGCAUUCCAGCACAGACUGUAUCCACCUUUCCCAUUCAAACACAGACAUUCCACCUGCCCCCAUUCCACCAGGUGCCUCCACACUUGUGCCAUUUCAGAAGUUUAGUUGGCUGCCUGUUAAUGAACUCCUGAAGUGACACAAUCUGUUGAUACCCUAACCAUUAUGUGGGCCUCAGUCAAAAGUGGAAAGGAUUUAAGAGAAGCCUCUGCUUAAAACCAACAAACAUUUUGUUAAUUAAAAGCCAAGAUUUUUACCCUCAUCGUUCAAGUGUUACAUGACAAUACUUCCUGUUUCCAAGAUCAGUAUAUAGAUUUUUUUUUUUUUUUUUUUUUUAAUUCUGGUUCUGAUCAGAAUUUUCUGGGUAGGUAAGGGUGUAUGAAAUAGAUGGACCUAUGCCACAUUUUUUUUUUUUUUUUUUGUUUUUUCAAUUUCAAUUAUUUUUUUUUUUCUUGCCAAAAAGACCUUGUUAAAUAUUUUGGGACCAUGCAUCAUAUAGUAUUUUUAUUUUUAAUGUAAAGGAGGAAGCACUGUGUUACUGUCUGGAAUCGCAAGAAAAUAAUUACCCAUAAAAGCUUCAUGAGUUUUAUAUAAA